UUGGAUUGCCUUGGAUAGUGCUCUGUGAUCUAUCUAACCUACUCAAGUCUUUUAGCCAGUUAUUCUCCUUCUCCAUCUCACCUCAAUCACUGCGGCAUCUACUCGCUAUCGCCUUUAGCCAGUGGCCUCUUUUCUCUUUUAUUAUUAUUGUUUAUAGAUUGAUUUUUAGAGUCUUCAGCAAAGUGUUUUGCACUUGCAAGUCUUGCAACUUGCAACAAUUAAAUAUCAAAUCAACCUAUCAACAUCAUCAACCAGACAACAGAGCCCAAGACAGACCAAUGAUGGGUCAUUGUUAUUAUUAGAUAAAUCAGAGGUGGAUAGAUAUAUCAUCCUGGAUAAAUCAUAAAAAAGCUAAAAUGUCCACAAGAUCAUUGGUUUCUUUCAUUGUGAUAUCAUUAGCUGUGAUUAUAUGUGAUAUUUGGUGUGGGGAUGCAUCAACAGCUCAACGGCAAAACCCAUGGCAGCUAAACACGAACAAAAACGAGCAAGUCAACAUUCAACAAUCUGGAAUUAAUUCGAAAAUAAGCACUACGCCAUGGCCAGCAUUAGGCACCAGAAACCAAUAUAACACCGCCCUUCGUAAUGUAACCCAACCACCACUAUGGGUACGUCCCAACAAUGGUCCAAACUGGGUUAGAAAUACUCCUUCCCCACAACAGAAUCCCAACAAUCCUUCGAAUCAACAGAAAAUCAAUGCUCCAUCUACUCAACAGAAUCUCAAUACUCAAAAUAUAAAUAACAAACCUCAAAACCAGAAUACUCUUUUCCUGAAUAAUGAAAGAGGCUCAACUUCAGGAGGUCCAAACAAAAAUCCUCAGGGUAUAAUCAAUACGAGAAUGGGUAGUUCUAAUAUGAAUCCAUUGCCAACAGCAAACACUAAUAACAAUAAACCAGGUGGCGUGAAUAUGAACCAAAAUACAGCUUGGUCCAAUAAUAAUAAUAGGAUUGGUGCUGCUAAUUCAAAUAAGGGAACACAAAAUAGCAAUAAUAGACCAAGUGGUAUAUCUUCAGGGUCAAUGACAGCCGACAGAGAACCUGCUGAUACGUUGAGUCAAGAUAAUAAUAAUAACGGCCCACAGAACGGUGAUGUAGAUGAUAACGAGCUGAGAGAACUUGCAGAAGAAUUAUUGAGCCGAGAUAGCAACAAUGCUGCCCGGCAUGUAACGAUAAAUCUACAAGCAAUGACAACAUCCAGAUCGAUGGCUGAUCAGGCACCAUUGCCGCUUCUUUCUAUAAACGAGGCAGCUUUCGAUAUCCCAUCUGUAUCCAAAAUGAUGCAGCUCUACAAUAAUUACAUAUUGGAAGCCAACCAGAACGAGGUGUACACAGCUCAAGAGAAAUUAGAAGAAAACGAUCUACUUGAUAUAGUCAUCGCAAGUCCAGUUAUGCAACAUGCAAGGAACUUUCUUUUGAGGAAAGGUAAAAUUGGCAGAGAUCCCAAAGAAUUUAGAGAUCUUCUUCGGACAAUAUGGUUCAACAUGUACUCAAGAGGUGGAGGGAGGAUAGGGUCCAGUGGAUUUGAACAUGUCUUUCUGGCAGAGAUAAAAAACAAUGGUGUGUCUGGGUUGCACAACUGGCUCUACUUCAGUGCGGAAGAAAAAAAGAAUAAUGCCAAUUAUUUGGGUUACAUGAAGAAAAUCGAUCUAGGAAAUAAAGGAGCAAUACUGAAAUACCACUUCAAUUUCCAUAGUAUUGAUAAACCUGUUGGAUCAAUGUUUAUUGGCACUAGCCCAGAAUUGGAAAUGGCUCUCUAUUCAACAUGUUUCAUUUUGAGGGCUGACAGAAUCUGUCCCUUGAAGAUGAAUGGGAAGAGAUUCAUCAUUAGGACGUACACCUAUAGAUACAGAGGAAAAAACAUGAUUGGCAGCGCUUUUCCAGAAAUAUGAAUACAAUUAAUGUUUAGUAACUUUUUUAAUGUUUUGUAAUAUUGUUAUUUUGAAUUUAAUUUGACAUAAAAUUGAGAACUAUAAAUUA